AUGCCUGGACACUUGGGCCAAAAGGUCCUCAAGACCUUAGGUCUGAAAAAUCAUUCCGAUCAACAAAACUCCUCGAGCGUUCAGCUUCCAGGCAGGCCAACCGUGAAUAAUGAUGAACGCGGAUUGUGUUCACCUCCCAACCGUGGCACAUACCCUCGUCUCUGCAGGCUCUCAGAUGGCACCAUCCUCUCGUCCUUUACGCAAUUCCCCGAUGGACAGCGCUCACUACGUGUAGCAAAAAGUACCGACAAUGGCCUUACAUUCCAGGACCUCUCUGAGGUAACCCGCGCUGCUGGCGACGUGGAUAACAUGUUUUUGUGUGAGGUGGCUCCAGGCACAAUACUGGCGGCUUUCCGCAAUCACGACAAGGGCCCAAAUGGCCCCACGCACUUCCGCAUCACUGUCUGUCGGUCUACGGAUGGAGGUCAGACCUGGAAAUUCGCUUCGCAGGCAGCUGAGAAGCGCCCUCCCUUGGGAAUUUGGGAACCCUUUAUGCGCGUCGGGCGCCAGGGUGAAGUGCAGCUUUAUUUCUCGCAGGAAUUUGCGCAUAACAACCAAUGUACCAUGCAAGUCACCUCGCGCGAUCAAGGAAGUACCUGGACUCAACCGACCUGUCUGCAUGGUGACCAAGAUCCACUUCGCGAUGGAAUGUGCGGUAUUGCACGAACUAUCGACAAGGGUCGCGAGACUCUUGUUAUGGUAUUCGAGACCACUCGGUGGGGACCUUUCAGUGUCGAAGCACUUCUAUCCUAUGAUGAUGGUGCGACCUGGGGUUGGCGACAUCAAGUUUUCUGCCCACGAAAGGGUCAUAAUGCGGGGUCUCCCCAAGUUGCCUCUUUCGCAGAUGGCUCUAUGGCCACAAUAUUCAUGACAGACGAUGACUCCGAGCACGUGAGUUGGGUGAAGAAUGCCUCUAUCAAGGUUGUAUUCGCUGGCCCACCAGUUGACGGGCGUGUUGAAUGGAGCCCACCAACCCUUGUCUCUCCAGCCUCUAGUUUCUGGCCUGGAAUAAUGGCAUUGGAUCACCACAACGUACUGGCCACUUAUGACCGGGGUGGACCUCUUGCGAAGACCAUCACAUGGAACCCUGUAUAA